AUGAAAAUAAGUGAUGUCUCGGCUGAGGAAGAGGAGGGCAGAGGGAGCUGCAGUGGUGCACCCACCAUCACCAGUGCCACCAUCAGCACUCGUGUGAGCAGCGGGGCAAGCGUGAGCGAUGUAACCGUGGGAGCCGAGCGGGGCCGAGCUCAGCCGAUCGGAGCCGACUCGAGUGAGACCGAGCGGUGCCGAGCUCACCCGAGCGGCAUCGAGCGGGGCCGAUCUCAGCCGAGUGGAGCUAAGGACGACCGAGAGGAACCGAACGGAGCCGAACGGAGCCGAGCUCAGCCGAGCCGAGCGGCGCUCCGCCGGGUCCUAGUGCCCGCGUCCAUCGCGGAGGAGGAGGAUGAGGAGGAGGGGGUGAAGAGGAGGAUGUCCUCAGCGAUGUCCCCAGUGGGGCCGGGCACUGCCCCCUGCCUGCUGCUGGCCCUGCUCUGCCUGCCCCCCAUUUAUGGGGCACCCCACAGCGACGCCCCCCCUGUCCUGUCCCUCAACCUCGGCCUCAACUUCAAGCUCAAGGUGCGAAGUCGGGGUCCCCCCCGCCCCACAUCGCACCCCCAGCCUCACAGCCUGCCCCCAUUGGGGUCAGGCUGGGACCCUGGUGAUGAGAUGGGCUCUGGGACGCCCCCAUUGGAAAUGGGGGGCUUUGGGGGCGUCCCCCCGCCAAAGGGAACCCCCACAUCUGAGGAACACAAGGGGCUGGAGCUGGACAUCGCCAUUGACCUGACAGCGGGGCUGGACCCCAAAGUGGGGUCGCCCCCCACCAGCCUCCUGCAAGGCCCCCCUAUGGCCGGGUCCUUGGCUCCCACGGUGCCCCCCAAGUUGAGCUUUGAGGCGCUGGGGGGGGGCAAUGGCUCCUGGGGGCAGGAGGAGGGCGGCAGCGGCAGCACAGAGCCAGGUGAGGAGAAUGGGGGGGUCCUUGGGGGGAUCCAUGGGGUUUCCUGCUGGGGCGCGGCCGCGGGCACGUGGGGCCGGGCGUGGCCCGCGCACGUGUUCGGGGCGGGGGCGGUGUUCGCGGCGCUGGCGCUGCUGGGGCUGGCGCUGCUGCUGCGGGGGGGCGCGGGGCGCGCGGCACGGCCCCGGGGGGCGCUGCUGGCCGUGGCCGGGGCCGCGCGCGCGCUCCCGCUGCUGCUGGACCCGUACGAGCGGCGGGGGCUGCUCCCCGCGCCCUGCGCGCGCCUCCUCUUCGAGCUGCCCUUCCCCUGCCUGGGCUGGGGGCUGGCGCGCGGCCUGGCGCGCCCCCUGCCGGCCGCGCUGGCGCUGCUGCACGUGGCGCUGGCGGCCGGAGCCGUGCUGGCCGUGGCGGGGCUGGGCCGCGCGGGGGCGCUGCUGCUGCUGCCCAGGGCCGGCUUCGUGGCGCUGGCGCUGGGGCUGGCGCUGGCGCUGCCCGCGGGGGGCGGCUGCCGAGGGGGGGCGCUGCUCGGAGCCGUGGGGGUGCUGGGGGCCGUGGGCAGCGCCGUGCUGCAGGUCUACGGGGUGCUCGCGGACGUGGGGUGGGCGGGGCCGGUGCCGCAGGGGCCCUGGGGCUGGUGGGGGCUGCAGCUGGGUUGCCGGGUGGCGGAGGUGGCCAUGGGGGGCACGGUGGCCACCAUGGCCAUGGUCAAGCCGACGUCGCGGCGGCGGCCGGCGGAGCAGCCGGAGGGGGGCGGCGAGGCGGCAGGCGGGGAGGCGGGGGGGGGCUCCAGCGGCGGGGCACCCCCCGAGGCCACGGACGGGGACGGGGACCCCACGGCCGGGUACCGGCCCCCGACACCCAUCAACCUGCGGCGCAGCAUCGACGAGGCGCUGGGAGCGCGGCGCGGGAUCGGCCGGGACGUGGGCGGGUUGAGCUGGAAUGGGCUGGGAAUGGGGUGGAAUGGACCGGGAAUGGGCGGCAAUGGGGCCGCCGGAGUGGGGGGCAGCGGCAAGGCCACGGGCAGUGACACCAUUGACUUGUAG